AUUUAAUAAAUUACUUUACAAACGUUGCUCAAUCUCGUGAAUUUCUUUGUAUCAAGAUAAUUGUAGUUUUUGUUCCUCAAGUGCAAGAUAACUGCUCUAAUGUGGCAUAAGGGCUAUAAUUUGUGGGGAAUAGAAACUCCAUUUCGCGUCUGCUCUGUUUUUCUCCCUGCUGCAGCCGAAGUGAACCCAGCCAUUUUCCAGCGUCCCCAUCUGCAAAUUGAAAAGCCGCCAGAUCUGCUCUGCUUCUUCCCCCUCUGCCGCCGGCUGCUACUGGUUUUUCCUGUGGUCCCGUGGAAGCCCCCUGCAAUUCUUCCCGUCGGCACCUCUUCAUCCCGCCAGCUCCAGCUUGCUUGUUGAGCAUUUUUGGUAAGUUGGCUUCUCUAAUCCUUGAAAAUUGGUGGAUUAAUUGUUGCUUGUGAGCUUUAAUUAGUGGUGUGGGUAUUGGGUUGUCAAGGACCAAGAUGCCGAAGGUGGGGGAUGAGUUUUGGGGAAUUUGAAAAUGAGUUUUGGUUGAUGAAUUGUGUAGGAAAUUAGGGGGUUUUGGCUGUUGUGAGUGUGUGUCCAUGAGGAAAGGGGAGAACCCGUGAGUUAGCCAUUUUUGUCAAGGCCGGUUCUCCCAUUGCUUGUCCAU